AUGACGCCGAACAACUUGUCGGCCCCAUGCGCCCAACCUCCUCCUUCUCUACUCAUAGAGAAUCCAGACCAAGAAUUGCCUCCCAAUGGAAGUCAAGAAGAGAAACAAGGCACUUAUCCAAGUUCUUCAUCUGGGAGCAACCUCAAAGUAUUCUCGCCACACAGUCGACGAGCUCUUAAUGAUUACCUCUGCAGCCCCAACCCGGGCGAAGUGUCUUCAGUUGAUGUUCACACUCCUCCUACCGACCCUCAAAAGGAUAAGCCCAAUGCUAGAGAUGGACGCGAAGCCAAGCUCAAACGGAACAUCGACGCCCAAGUCAAUCGACGCCGGGAGUAUCACGAGCCCAACACCAGCCACCGAUCCCAGUUCACCUUUCCAGAGAGCAAGCCCGAAUUCAAGCUUCUAGAGAACUGGCAUUCCGAAUACCCCUAUCCUUGCAACGAAGAUUAUCCCGAAGAUGAUGAGUUCACCUUGAAGCCUAGAAUCCUCGCUUCGCAAAUCGACCCUGAGAUACCUCUAUCCCUACACAAGUGGCAUAGCGAAGCCAACUUCCUCGAGCCACUUGCUCUUGAGGCUGCCAUUCGCCAAGAGUAUGCUGUUCACGCUACCUACAAGAAGCGCCAUCACGAUGCUGGCGUCAAAGAGAUUAAUCAUGAGAGACAGGCCGCUGCCGAACAGGAGGCUCUCAAGAUGCUCGACUUGGACACACCGAUCGAAUUCCCUGUGCUGCCACCGGAUGUCCAACAAGAAAUAUACGCCGACAAAGUUGAUGUUGCCACUUUGACCAGAAAGAUCGCUAUUCGCGAUGGAUAUGUAGAAGGCAUGAUUGCUGGAGAGUUCACAUUUCACCCAGAGACCUCUCACCUACCACCUACCGAGGAACAGACGGCGGUUCUUCGCGAAGCUGAGAGUUUUCAGGGGCUGUUCUCGCUGGGAGAGGUCGAUGAAGAUGAAUUUGCCAUUCUCCAGAAUACUUCAAAGAAGGGCAAGUCUUCCAACAAGUCUUCGACUUCCAAAUCCUCAAACUAUGAUGAGUGGCUCAAAGACCAGUCAUCCAAUAUCUGUCCGGCGACCAAGUGGCUUGACGAAGAGGCGGCCUUUUCGAAGAAAAAGGCAUACAACAAAGCCUUUUCCAAGCAGGUCAAGUACCACUUCCCAACUUUCAACUCACCCCAUAUGAAAGAACUUCCCAAGGCCGUCGACACAAACAAACUUGAAUGGGAAACCGACUAUUUCCCCUACCUACUCCCCGAGACUGAGUACGAUGCUAAGCGCCAAAAUAUGUACGAAACUCCUGUCAAGACUGAUGUCCCCAAAUGGUUCCCAACCUUCGCCAGCUACGGCAUUGUCCACCUCAACCGCCGCAACAGCACCGAGAAGCAGUACAAGGAGUUCCUUACCCAGGUCUGGAGACUCGAGACUCAAAUGCGCAGCAAGAAAAACAACAAGUGGGACAAGAAAUGGCACGAACCCAGUUCUCGCUGGGCCGAACCUUUCCAGAAGGCGAGCGGUCAGGAUUGGGUCAGCUUCGAGAAGGCCGCGCCGCGCGACCUUGUCGAGCAAGAAGUGGUUUCUGGGGAGUUCAGCUUCGAUGACGUUUUCGACAUGGAUGGUACUGAUGACAACAAAGCCGUUGGUACGACGAAGCCCGAAAUGUAUCUCAAGGAGAUCGAAACGGCUGUGAAGAAGGCCAUUGCGAAGGUUGGUAUGUGA